UCAGAGGUAAGCUGUGGGUGUGUCUCGGAAAUACCGACUGACUGAAACACAGCCAUGUUUCGCCUCUUCUCUCGCUUCUCCCUUCAACCCGCCAUUACAACAAGCCGCCUCGUCUCCCUACCUCGUCGCCUAUCAACAAACAACGACCCUGACGACCCCGACUUUCUCGACAUGGUCACGUCGAGCUACGAGAAGGCCGUCGAUCUCGUCGAGGAGCGUCUCGUCGACCGUCUACGCCGAGAAAAUCCUUAUCUCUUCAAGACUGAUGAGGAGAGGAUGUCACAUGUGUCUGGAGUGAUGCGCAUUGUGCGUCCAUGUAACCACAUGUUGUAUGUCAGCUUCCCGCUGAGGAGGGACAGUGGGGAGUUGGAGGUGAUUGAGGGAUAUCGGGCGCAGCAUAGUCAGCAUAGGAGUCCGUGCAAAGGAGGUAUUCGAUACUCGGAGGAUGUGACUGCUACUGAAAUUAGUGCACUUGCCGCUCUGAUGACGUACAAGUGUGCUAUCGUUGAUGUUCCCUUUGGUGGAGCUAAAGCUGGAAUCAAGAUCAAUCCUGCAAACUACUCGGUUAUGGAAUUAGAGAAAAUCACUCGAAGAUUUGCAAUGGAACUGGCAAAGAAACGAUUUCUUGGUCCCGGUGUUGAUGUUCCCGCUCCAGACAUGGGCACCGGCGAACGCGAAAUGAGUUGGAUCGCCGACACAUACGCCAUGACCGUCGGACAAGGAGAUAUCAACUCACAUGCUUGUGUCACCGGCAAACCAAUAAGUCAAGGCGGAAUACACGGCCGAGUGUCUGCAACCGGAAGAGGUUUGUACCAUGCUCUCAGUUACUUCCUCAAUGACGCGUAUUAUCUCUCCAAGAUUGAGUUGACACCCGGAUUUAAAGACAAGUCAUUUAUUGUUCAGGGUUUUGGCAACGUUGGCCUACAUGCUUCACGUUACCUUCAUCGUCAAGGUGCACGUCUCACUGGCAUAAUGGAACGAGACGUCUCACUAUUCAAUGAGAGUGGAAUGCAUCCAAAGGAGCUAGAAGACUACAAGCUCGCAAACGGAACGCUCAAAGGAUUUCCAAAUGCCACGGAAACCGAAGAGGAUUUGUUUCUAGCGAAUUGUGAUAUUCUCGUGCCUGCGGCUGGCGAGAAGCAAAUCACAAAACACAAUGCUCCUUAUGUCAAGGCAAAGAUUAUUCUGGAGGGAGCUAAUGGGCCUACGACACCGGAAGCCGAUAAGAUUCUCAUAGCAAACAACAAGCUCGUCAUUCCGGACUUGUUUGCAAAUGCUGGUGGUGUAACUGUGUCAUACUUUGAGUGGUUGAAGAACAUCAGUCAUGUCAGUUUCGGUCGAUUACUGUUCAAGUACGAACGUGACAGCAACUACUACCUUCUUGAGAGUGUUCAACAGAGCUUGGAGUCUAAGUUUGGUCGUUCAGGAGGGCCGAUUCCAGUGACACCGUCAUCGGAAUUUAAGGACCGUAUGGGGGGCGCCUCAGAGAAAGACAUUGUUCACUCUGGACUCGAAUACACAAUGGAACGAUCUGCCAAGCAAAUCAUGUCACGAGCUCACGAGUACAAUCUCGGUCUCGACCUCCGCACGGCGGCGUUCGUCGCCUCACUAGAGAAGAUCUACAUUGUCUAUCGGGACGCCGGUCUCACUUUCUCAUAGAAACUCACGUUUUCCAUCGCGUUCUGCACUCGAUCGCAACACCAAGUUCUCUAGUUGUCUGAACUAUAAUUUAAACUCGAGUGCAUGCUUUUUUUACAAGUCGAAUCUCAUUAUUUACGAUUUGUGGCUCAUGAGAGAAAUGCGACUAGAAUUGUUUGAACGUAUAUCUCGUUCCACGUGCGUCGUUUUCGU